AAAUAAGAGAAGAAGAAGAAGAAGAGAGGAGGAGGAGGAAGCAGCGAGGUGAAUUUCGGGCGCUCUGCGUGUUCAUACCAGGUUUGCAUUCUGACCUGCAGGCCAAUGGACCAUCACCAUCCUCAUGUCCAAUGGAGGAGGCUUUUACGGACGCACUGAGCGCGCCCGCCAGUCGCCGUACUAUGACCAGGUACCACAGGACUCGUUACCCCGAUCGGACUCGUACGACCUGCAGCCGCUGAGGGAGCAGAGAGCUCCUCGCCUCGCUCACAGCGCCGACCCCCUCCCUCCUCCGCCGCUGCCCGACCAGCCUCCCGUGGGGCCCGAGUUCGACCCCAGCGGCAGCGAGGGCGACCCCGACCACGACCCGGCCCUCGACAUCAAACCGGUCCACCGCUUCAUCCCCGACUCCUGGAAGAACUUCUUCAGAGGAAGCAACCGCAGCAGCAAGCCGGCGUGGUCGAUGCCCGCCUCCUCAUGUAACAACAACAACAGCACCAGCGAGGGCGUGCGCUGCUCUCCGCCGCACUCCCCCUCCGUUCCCGGAUCCUACCGAGAUCCGUAUGGCGGCUCAGGCGGCAGCUACAACUCGCGCAAGGAGCUUCUGGAGCUACGGGACGCCCACGAGUCGGUGUCGGGGCGCACGCACCACACGGGUCUGACCUACAGCGAGCGGGUGGAGGAGUACCACCAGCGCUACGCCUACAUGAAGUCCUGGGCGGGGCUGCUGAGGAUUCUGGGAUGUGUGGAGCUCCUGCUGGGAGCGGCGGUGUUCGCCUGCGUCUGCGCUUACAUCCACAAAGACAACGAGUGGUUCAACAUGUUCGGGUACUCGUCUCCCGGAGGAGCGUACCCAGGAGGCUUCUACGGCGGGGUCUCGGGCGCGUCCUACUACUCCGGCCCCAAGACGCCGUUCGUGCUGGUGGUGGCGGGGCUGGCCUGGCUGGUGACCGUGAUCGUGCUGGUGCUGGGGAUGACCAUGUACUACCGCACCAUCCUGCUGGACUCGUCCUGGUGGCCUCUGACCGAGUUCACCAUCAACCUGGCGCUGGCGGUGAUCUACAUGGCCGCAGGCAUCGUCUACGUGCGGGACACGACCCGCGGCGGGCUCUGCUCCUACCCGGUCUUCAACAACGGCAUCAACGGUGCGUUCUGCAGGACGGAGGCCGGCCAGACGGCCGCCAUCAUCUUCCUGUUUGUCACGAUGGUGGUGUAUCUGAUCGGCGCCAUCGUGUGUCUCAAGCUGUGGAGACAUGAAGCGGCUCGCAGAUACAGAGAGAAGUACGGCGAGGAGAUGCAUCGCUCCGAUCAUCGAGCGGCACAGUCGCUGAUGGGUCCAGUUUCAGCUCCUGAACCCAGAGCUCCUGAACCCAGAGCUCCUCAGCAGGUCGAAGGCUCCUCAGUGGUUCCCAUCCACUCAGCUCCGAAAUCUGUCCCGCCUCAGAUUUUACAGGGAACCAUACCUUCAGGACACAUUCCCAAACCCGUUAUUGUGCCGGACUACAUCGCGUAA